AUGAGAGCGCUGGUGGUCGGCGCCGGAGCGCGGGAGAAUGCCUUGGUCUGGGCACUUUCCCGCAGCCCGACGGUGAGCCACCUGUACGCGGGACCCGGCAACGCCGGCACCGCGCAGAUCACGCACAACCUGCCCGACCUGGAUCCUCUCGACCCGCAAGCGGUGCUGGCCGAAUGCCGCAAACAUGCGAUCGACUUGGCGCUGAUCGGACCGGAAGCACCGCUGGCCGCCGGUGCCGUAGACGUCCUGGACGCGGCAGGCAUCGCCGCGUUCGGGGCAACGCGCGCGGCCGCGCGGCUGGAGUCGAGCAACGGCGCCUGGUGCGUCAAGCGCGACGGUCUGGCGGACGGCAAGGGAGUACUGGACUCGGCCGACCCGGACGCCCUGGUGGCAUUCGCGCGGGACGGGCUGGAGGCGGGCCCUAUCCUGCUGGAAGAACACAUGAGUGGACCUGAACUCUCGGCCUUCGUGCUGCUGAACGGCGGUGCCCGGGAGGACUACCUGCUGUUGCCAUACUGUGCCGAUUACAAGAAGCAACACGAAGGCGAGAUGGGCCUCAACACCGGCGGCAUGGGGUCGUUCACCCCGGUGCCGUGGAUCACCGACGAUCUGGACCGACGGAUCCGGACCUGGAUCAUCGACCCAACCGUAGAGGGCAUGGCGGAGCAGGGCUUGAGUUACCGCGGCGUGCUGUACAUCGGGUUGAUGGUCACCGACGACGGUCCCAAGGUGAUCGAGUACAACGUCCGCUUUGGCGACCCGGAAGCCCAGGCGCUGAUUCCCACCCUGGAUACCGACUUGGCCACCCUGUUCGAAGCAGUCGCCGCAGGGCGGCUGCCGGCUGCUCCCCGUCAGCGCGGAGCAGCCGUGGUCGUCGUGGUAGCUUCCGGUGGGUACCCGGCUCGGUACGAGACCGGUUUUUCGGUCGACCUGCCGGCCGUCGACCCGGAACGCGGGCUGAUCUUUCACGCCGGCACGCGUACCCGCGAUGGUCGCGUGGUGACCGGCGGCGGCCGCUGUUUUUCCUCAGUCGGUCUCGGCCCCGACCUGGCGGUGGCGGCGGAUCACGCGUACGAACUGGCCGAACGGAUCCGAUUCCAUCGCGGCUGGUAUCGCCGCGACAUCGCAGCGCCCUACCGGAGCAGCCGGUAG